GGCGCCCUUGUUGUGAUGACGUCAGUGGUGAUUUGGAAGAUGUAGAAAGUUAAAUCAAAAAACGACAUUUUGUUUUAAGUUGCGCUACAUCAAUUUCUUUUAAAUGUACGAAGUGUUUUUUAUGACAGCCCAAAUGGCGCAUAGUUUAAAUACAUCAAGUUGAAAGGGUAUGUGGCUCCUCUUCUCCUGAUUUUCUGGGGUUCUGACUCUUAUAAGUAGACGCAGAAUUGGCUGCUGUGACGUGAGAAAUUUGGCAGCCAUCUUGAAGUGGUGAUGAGGAGCAGGCGAGCAGCCUAAACUGACAGUUGACAGCCUUCAUGCUCAUCAUGCCUGUGAAGAUGCAGAAGAACUCCCAGACGGCUCACUACAUCGAGCUGGGGGGGUAUCAGUACUGGCCGGUACUGGUUCCUCGUGGUAUCCGCCUCUACACCUACGAGCAGAUCCCGGCCUUCCUGAGGGACAACCCGUACAUCACGGAUGGAUACAGAGCCUACCUGCCCUCCCGGCUGUGCAUUAAAAGCCUCUUCAUCCUCUCCAAUGAGACGGUGAACAUUUGGAGUCACCUGCUGGGCUUCCUGCUUUUCUUCUGCCUGGCUGUAUACAACAUGGUCGUCGUGCUGCCGGACAUGGGCGCCUCCAAAGAGGACUACGUCAUCUACUCCAUCUGCCUCUUUUGCUUCCAGCUGUGCUUGCUGUGCUCGGUGGGCUACCACCUCUUCUGCUGCCACCGCUCGGAGAAGACCAGCCGCCGCUGGAUGGCGCUGGACUACGCCGGCGUGUCCAUUGGCAUCCUGGGCUGCUACGUGCCCGGGGUCUUCUACACCUUCUACUGCAAUAACUACUGGCGGCAGGUGUACUUGCUGACGGUGCUGGCCAUGGUCCUGGCCGUCUUUUUCGCUCAGAUCCACCCUCACUACCUCAGCCAGCAGUGGAAGAAGCUGCGCUCGCUCAUCUUCUGCUCGGUGGCCUCUUACGGCCUGGUACCCAGCAUGCACUGGGUCUGCAUCCACGGCGGCUUCUCCGACCAGCUGGUGCAGGCCUUUGUUCCACGUGUGCUGCUCAUGUAUUUGAUGGCAGGGAUGGCUCUCAUCUUCUUCUUGUCCAAAGUCCCAGAACGCUACUUCCCAGGGCAGCUGAACUACCUGGGCUCCAGCCACCAGGUGUGGCACCUGCUGCUGCUGCUCAUGCUGUACUGGUGGCACCAGUCCUCCUGCUUCAUCAUGGCCUACCGGCGGAGCCGCCCCUGCACUCCCGGCCACAAUGUAAGCUAACCAACCACUCCAUAUAUGGUCAUUUGUACCAGGUGUCGCUAGUGAGUGCCAAUUAUUGCCCUGGACCACACAGGAAGUGACUGAAUCUUUUUCACUAGUGACGUAACGUAGUCUGCUGUGUUUCUUCCUACACGUCUUCUUUCCCACCAAUAAAAGAAGAUUGUCCUCACAA